AUCGAAGUGCUAGAUCGUCGAUGCGUUUCCAUCAGGAUCGUAUCACGGACCCGCUACAUCGAGGCCAUCCGUGUUUCAACACGUGUGAUUACAUCACAAACUAGUCACUAUGCCGUCCGAAGGUUCAAGAACGAGAAACAGCCCGAUUUACUACGGGAACCUUGUAUUCAAUUCAUGGGAGCCUCAUGCUUACGGGACUCUAUUUCUGGACAGCAUUCCACUAUGUGUAUAUAAACAAAGGAAGCCGCCGUGCUAGCAUUCCAACGCCAGAUCAACCUGUUCCAGUCGAGGCAAAGCUGAUAUGACAUCCAUUGUUGCUGCCCUUCUGGCUGCUACCGCUGUCUGGGCAUCUCCACCUAUCAGCACGCGACAGAGUAUUACGCCUCUGACAACAUCCCAGAUCGACCAAUUCACUCCGUAUACCUAUUAUGCCAGCGCAGGGUACUGCACGAACACGCAGACGCUCGCAUGGGACUGUGGCACUAACUGUGAUGCCAAUCCGAAAUUUAAACCGGUUGCCUCCGGAGGUAAUGGUGACUCAGUUCAGUACUGGUUCGUCGGAUAUGACCCAACUUUGAAUACGGUGAUCGUCUCUCACCAGGGCACCAACCCCUCGGAAAUUUUGCCUCUCGUCACGGAUGCCGACUUCUUUUUGACUCCCUUGGAUCCGAUAUUGUUCCGGGGUAUCAGCUCGGAUAUUGAAGUCCACAGCGGCUUCGGGAAUUCUCAGGCCAGUACUGCCACUGAUGUCCUUGCCGCCGUCGAAUCUGCCAUGUCCACCUACGGCACCACGUCGGUCACUAUGGUCGGUCACUCUCUUGGUGCUGCUAUCACACUGCUUGAUUCUGUAUAUCUUCCCCUCUGGCUCCCUGCGGGAACGACUUUCAAGACCAUUUGUUAUGGCCUUCCUCGUGUUGGGAAUCAAGCAUUUGCUGAUUAUGUAGACGCAAACCUCCAUCUCACGCACAUUAAUAAUGAAGAGGACCCAAUACCCAUUUGCCCCGGUAUGUUUAUGGGCUUUGUGCAUCCUGCAGGCGAGGUGCACAUCGAGGACUCGGGUGAAUGGGCUGCUUGCCCCGGGCAAGACAACCCAAGCACUCAGUGUAUUGUUGGUGACGUCCCCGAGAUCUGGGAUGGUGAUGAGUCUGACCACGACGGGCCAUACAAUGGUAUCUUGAUGGGAUGUUGAUCUGGCCCGACUUCACCUGAAGAUGUCUUCUAUUUUUUCAUUGUGAUGCA